CUCGGAUCAGUCGGAUCGGUUUACUGCCACAAUGCGGAAUCUACGGAGACUCGGAUUACUCCUCAUGGUGUACACGCUCACAGCUCUCGUCUCCCCUGGCAGCUCCAUUAUCCACGACCAAAGCCCACGUAUAAGCCCGACUUUGUGUUUCCCUCAGUGCCCGAACACGACCGUCGACGACUGCCCGUCUGGGGGUUGAGCCUAUACGAUCAUAGCACUGGAUCCAGUAACCAGAGGCUGAAAAGAGAAAUGCAGCCAAAGAGCUCUGUUUUUGAACUGGAAAGCCAGGCCAAGAGCAGCCAGGGCAAAGAUUACUCCCAGAAACCAUAACUAAAGAACAGCCAGCGGGCUGUGACACUCAACAUUUAAACUAGGAAAGCCUUGGCAUGUCUUUAAAUUAGUUUAAAUUAUAUGAUCAUCCCAGAUUGUGGGAAAUGCCUGCAAAUA